AUGGGCUCACUACACGACACUACGCUUCGAAUAGCGUCUGCUUCCGGAUCGGUCACUGACCGGCGUCAUGGAUUCGCAGAUUUGGCCAAGAAUGAAAACGUCCAAUUCAUUGUUGGGGACUGGAUGUCGGAAUACAACAUGACGAUGAGAGCGGGAGGAAAAGUGAACAGCGAGGGGGCAUCCGAUGAGUUUGAGACUUCUUUCCUAGAAGCUCUUGAGCCGGCUUUGCCACAUCUUGAGUCAAGAAAGAUCAAGGUUGCCGUCAAUGCCGGUGGGAGCGACACUCAGAAGUUGUAUAACAUCGUUGUUGAUAAAAUCAAAUCCGCUGGAUUGAAUCUCCAGGUCGCGUGGGUCGGAGGGGAUGAAGUGAUGGAUGCGGUCCAAACAGCCAGGGCCCAGGGGGAUGGAUUCAAGAGCCUGACUAACGGGAAGCAAUUGUCUGAUUGGGAGUUUGAUCCAAUCUAUGCCCAAUGUUACCUCGGUUGCUGGGGAAUUGUGGAAGCCUUCAAACAAGGCGCCGACAUUGUCCUUUGUGGCCGUGUCGCAGACGCAUCCUCGAUUAUAGGCUGUGCCGCUUAUCACUAUGGCUGGAACCGCAGUGAUUUGAAACAACUGGCAUCUGCUUUUGUGGCUGGUCACUUCAUCGAAUGCUCAACAUAUGUGACUGGAGGCAACUUUUCUGGUUUCAAGAGCCUUCCGGGUCAAUCACUAGACCUGGGGUUUCCAAUCAUCGAGAUGCUGUCUACUGGCGACUUCUAUGUCACUAUGCAGCAGGGCCGCGAUGGAAUGGUCACUGUUGAUACUUGCAAAGCCCAGCUGUUGUACGAAAUUCAGGGGCCACUAUAUUAUCACUCCGACGUGGUGGCUCGACUCGAUCGCAUCAAGAUUGAGCCAGCAGGAAAAGAUCGAGUGCUCAUCACCAAUGUCGGUUACUUGAGGCCUCCACCAACUACCAAGGUUGGUAUCACGGCAAAGGGAGGCUUCCAAGCUGAAGCUCACUACUUCCUAUGUGGACUUGACAUCGAAGAGAAAGCCCGGUUCUUGGAGCUGCAGGUACGAGCAGGCCUUGACGAAUCUUCGUUCCACUGCCUGAAGUUCCGCACAAAUGGCCGAUGUCCAGAGGACCCGAAAAGCCAGGAUGCGGCCACUGUUGAUCUUCGAAUCUUUGCUCAGGCGAAAAAUGAAGCGGAUCUUUCGACAGCUAGGUUCUUCCGUCCCGUGACGGAUACGAUCAUGCAGACCUAUCCAGGGGCUACGUUUGCGGUUGAUGCUCGACAAUCUAUCCCGAAACCAUACUAUGAAUACUGGGUCGCUCUUUUGCCGCAGAGUGUGGUAAAACAUGUCUGUUAUCUUCCUGCCAAAGGCAUAGAAGUUUCUAUUCCUGCUCCUAAGGACACAGAAGACUUUCUAUACGAGCAAGAAACAUACGAGACGUCAAAUCCAAUUGAUUUAUCGACACUAGGACCUACUACAAGAGCACCACUAGGAUACAUCGUCCACGCUCGAUCAGGCGACAAGGGUUCGGAUUGCAACGUCGGCUUCUUUGUUCGCCAUGCUGAUGAAUGGGACUGGCUCCGAAGCCUCUUGACCGUCGAGAAGAUACGGGAGUUGCUAGGUGAAGACGAUACCGGGAAACCCGUGUUCCGCUUCGAACUGUCAAACAUCUCAGCUGUUCAUUUCCUUCUCAAAGAUCACCUGGAUCGUGGUGUCGCGUCCAGUUCAACUUACGAUGUGCUUGGAAAAAAUAUGGCGGAGUAUCUGCGAUGCAAGUUGGUAGAUAUCCCCAACAGGUUUUUGGAACGUGGAAGAAUCUAG